AUGCCCGGCGCAGAGCUGUCCCUUGCCUUCGCCGCGCCCGUUGCCGCCUCCGGCUCGGCGGCCAGCCUUCGGGGCGCCGCGCCGCCCGCGGCGGCGCGGGCCGCCCCGGCGCAGGCCGGCGCCGAGGCUGGCGCCGCCGCGUCGCCCUGGCUGCUCGGCUCCGCCGCGGCUUUGGCCGCCGCGGCUGCUGCCGGCGCCAGCAGGAGGCCGGCGCGCGGCGCGCGGCGCGCGCUGCCGGCGGCGACGGCCGCGGCGGUGGAGGCGCCGCCCGCGGCUGCCGCAGCGGAGGCCCCCACGCCGCCGCCGCCCUUCGACCCCGCCAAGGCGGUCGGCGCGACGGCGCCCCUGGGCUUCUUCGACCCGCUCGGGUUCUGCCGGGUCGGCGACUACGGGGGCUUCCACAGGCUCCGCAGCGCCGAGCUGAAGCACGGGCGCGUGGCCAUGAUGGCCGCCUUCGGGACCGCGUUCCAGCACUUCGUGAAGCUGCCCGGCUUUGAGGGCACCCCCGCGGGGCUCGGGGCUCUCACCGACCCCUCCGGCGUGCUCGGCUUCGCCUGCCUCGUCCUCCCCAUCGCCGCGAUCACCGAGACCGUGUACUGGAAGGACGACGACCUGUCCAAGGAGCCGGGCAACUUCGGGGACCCGGGCGACUGGGCGGGUCUCUUCGGCGCCUUCGGCGGCGGCUACAGCGACGAGAUCCGGAACAAGGAGAUCAACAACGGACGCAUGGCCAUGUUCUCGGUCGUGGGCAUCAUAGUGGCGGAGCUCGCCACCGGCAAGGACGGCAUCCAGCAGUUCGGCCUCUGA